AUGAAAAUUAUGUCUCUUGAGACCCGCGCAUCGUCCGCGGAACAGGAAAACGACUCCCUAAAAUUAGCAUUAAAGCUUAUUAUGCAGGAAAUGAACGUAGGAGAGCGUCAACAACAGAGGAAUCAGAGUUACGAGGUAACUGCCCCUCAAGGAAACUCAAAGAGUGAUAAUGCCCAGUCUAAUGAGAGCUCUAAUCCUGAAAACGAAUGGCAAACCGUUGACGCGAAAAAGAAAAAGAAAAAGAACAAAACACGGAGAAAGAAGAUCAGUGAAGCACAGUCCAACGCCCAUGAUGACACGGAAAAUUCCACGCCAGCAAACGAAAGUACUACCUUGUUGAUUGGAGACUCUAUGAUAAAGAAUAUCCAAGGUACACGUUUAGGAAAAGCCGUUGGUCAUCGGGUGGUGGUUAAAUCGUUCUCCGGUGCCACCACCAAAGCUAUGAAGGAUUACCUUAAACCUAAUUUGGAGCUUUCACCGGACCAAGUAAUUCUGCAUGUGGGCACUAAUGAUCUCAAAAGUAAAGAACCACAACAAGUUGCCGGCUCAGUGGUAGAUCUCGCCAGACAAAUUGAAAACUCAUCCGAUACCACAGUAAUUAUAUCUGAGCUCGUGCAAAGAAGAGACGGAUUCAAUGAAGCCGUGAAAACAGUUAAUAAACAACUGAAGUUCUACUGCCGGCAGAAUGGAUGGAAAUUUAUCCAGCAUCAAAACAUCUCCGAAAAGGAACUUAACAAGGGCGGACUACAUCUUAAUUUUAAAGGUAAUCAACAGUUUUAG